AUGGCCAAAGAGAUGACUCGAUCAACAUUCGAGCUGCACUACUUCUCCAUCCAUGCGCUUGGCGCAACGUCGAGGGCGAUCCUGUCAAUUGCAGGAGCAGACUGGAAAGAUCGCAUCCAGUCCUUCGAGACAUGGAAGACUGAUAAAGAGUUGACACCUUUCGGAUCCCUCCCUAUCCUGACCGUCCACGACAUUCAUGGAAAUGGCGAGGACGAGACGACGACGACGAAGAAGAUCCCAGAGGCGGACGUGAUCGAAAGAUUUCUCUCAAAACGAUUCGGAUUCCUGGGUUCCACCACCGAAGAAGAACUCGAGAUCUGUAUCGCCUUGUCACAAACGAUUACGAUCCACAACGUCUGGGUCUUUCGUAUCGUCCCUGCCUCUGCAAUGGGUUCUGAAGUUCGGGAGAAGGUCCUAGGAACGUUUUUGGAGGUGACGCUCCGGAACUGGGUCGUGAACUGCGAGAAGCAAUUGCGCGCCAACACCAACACCAACACCAACAAGGGGCCUUUCUUGGUCGGGGAGAAGAUAUCGCUGGCAGAUAUCAAGACCGCCGUGUUGAUGGAUAUGUUCCUGGGUGUCCCGGAGGUAGAGACGUAUCUGAACGAGCAAGUCGCGCCGGGGUUAUGGAGGCUGAAGGAGGCGAUUGAUACGGCUCCUGGGUAUAAGGAGUAUCGAAGGUCGGAUGCGUUUCGGGAGCAGGAUGAGAUGACGACCAAGAUGGUUGUUCCUCAGUUGGAGGGGUUUGACCUCUCCAGAUCUCACCUCUUUGCCUGA